ACGGUGGUGACGGCGCCAGUCCUCGUCACCGCCAGUGGUGCUCCGAACCCUGGUGAUUCUAUAGUGACAGUGUGGUGUUGCAGUUGAAACUGAAGCAAUUCAGCUCAAUUGAGAUCCGUGGGUUCCGAAAAGCAUACUCAAAGUUCAUGCUACAUCUCUUUCGUUUUUUUUUCCUAAUAGCAAUGAGAGUAAUGUUUGAAACAUAUUUGUAUGUUUUGAUUUGUAAAAUUAGCAACUAGGGCUCAGUCACAUUAAAGAGCCGUGACACUGUCAAACUUUGAGCCAAUGGUGCGCAUUUUAAAUAUGUAUAUCAGGUGCGCGUAACAGCAUCCCCUGCCUUAUGUGUGUAACAUUAGAUGUGCAAUUCCUCAUUACCUGCCGGUCCUGCUAAUGGCUUACGACGCCUCUCCAAUCACUUAUAUUUGCAAGCAAGGUACAUAUAACCAAAUUAAAUUGAAAGUAAGCAGCUAAAAACCGUAAAUCUCUUAAUUUUUUUUUCACAGAAAAAUUGCAUAAUGAAUUUGAUGAUGAAGCUUACAAGACGAAACAUGCAAAUGCUACCUAUCAUACUAUUGAUUAGUUUAUGUGCUUACGUUAUUUACGUGCAGCCACACAGAGAUAUUAUAGCCGGCACCAGCCUGGACCCCGCACCAGUUGCGGAGGCGGACCCACCCCCAGCAGCAGACGCUGGCUCCACCAGUAAACCGCGACUGGUCGUACUCUACUCAUCGAACCCUCGCAGCGGCUCCAGCUUCUUCGGUGAGCUCCUGGCAAGUCCUGCCGGUUCAAUGUACCUGUAUGAACCAUUGCACUACGCUCAACUAGUCGGCCACCCCGUCCAUAAGGAGUCGCAUCUAUCGCCCGACCGACAGACCAGAGACUUUGUUCGUCAGGAGCUGCUUAGACUUCUCACGUGCCAGUUCGAAGAGCAGAUGUUCAAUGAGUCGCUGAAGCUCAUGAUUUGGAAGAAGCCCAAAGUUGCUCCGAUUGUUACAGAGAGCCAGCGUAGGUCUUGGUGUCUUGAACUUGAUCUCAGGGUGGCUAAGGUGAUUCGACCUGGACUAGGUGCCUUGCUACCGCUCUUAGAGCUGCCAGGCUACGACAUUCAUAUUGUCCACCUCGUCCGCGACCCUCGGGCUGUCAUCAAUUCUCUACGCGAAAACGAAGCCUGGGCCAAGUCAACGACGGCCAACAAAGUGUGCGAACGCCUCACCGCAGACCUUGAUGAGGCUGAGAGCAUUUCGAGCCCUCGUUAUACGCUAAUCAGAUAUGAAGAUCUGAUAUCAGACACGACCGAGGUGACCCGCUUCCUCUUCAGUCGCAUUGGAAUAACGAUGACGCCAGAGGUCAAAGUGUUCAUACGCAAGCACACCAAAAGCUCCAAGGACCCGUCACCUUCCAAGCUGCUGAAUCCCAUUCAACGGCUUUACUCCAGCGUGAAACAGUCGAUGACCUCACUACUGAGCCGAGACGCCGCACCUCCAGCCGCUGACAGCGACGUACAGCGGCUAAAGACCGAACCAAAGCUUCCUAUGGUGGUCACCAGACGCCAUCGACGGUCAUCGAGGAAGCCGAUCUGGAAGCACGGGGUCGACUUUAACGGCUACUACGGGACGUUUCGGUUUGCUGAUUUCGAUGGCCUACACUGGCUGAAGGAGCUACCACGGGCAGAGCGCACGAAAGCCGAAAAGGUGUGCGCAGACGCCCUCCGCAGGCUAGACUACCCUUUAGUCUACCCGGAAGAAGAAGGAGGCAGCGAGGGUCGGACCGGUCAGGCAGGACGCUCACAAAGCGACUCAGUGAAGUCGUAGGGCACGCUUUUACACGCAAAGUCCUAUGAAUAUUUGGAAUAUCUGUGAGAUUCAUAUUCGGCCCUCUCGUGCGUUUUUUUUUGUGAUAGAUAGCGACGAUAGGUAGAUGUAUCAUCUCCCAGGUCGCUUCAAGAGUAAACGCAGAUGCUCCGUUCUUAUUGAACGGUUCAUACUUCAUUGUUCAGAUCUCUUCCAUAUGGAGGAGUAUAUAUGUGUUAGGAAUAGGAUGUGAGAUGACGUCAGUGCGGACCUUGAUUCGUGACUAGCUUUAAGUGCUGGUCGUCCUGCUGCUGCUUGAUAGUGCACAGCGGUCCAUUACCUACUGCGAAUACACUAAGUAAAUCGCA